AUGGCCAUGGAGCCCGUGCUGAAGGUGGUUCUAGGCUCGGCGGCGUUCGCCGUCUUCUGGGUGCUGGCGGUGUUCCCGGCGGUGCCGUUCCUGCCCAUCGGCCGCACGGCGGGCUCCCUUCUCGGCGCCAUGCUGAUGGUGCUGCUGGGCGUGAUGAGCGCCGACGAGGCGUACGCGGCGGUGGACCUCCCGAUCCUGGGCCUGCUGUUCGGCACCAUGGUGGUGAGCGUGUACCUGGAGCGCGCCGACAUGUUCCGUCACCUGGGCCGCCUGCUCUCGUGGCGGAGCCAGGGCGGUCGCGACCUGCUGGUGCGCACCUGCGCCGUGUCGGCGCUGUCCUCGGCGCUCUUCACCAACGACACCUGCUGCGUGGUGCUCACGGAGUUCAUCCUCAAGAUCGCGCGGCAGAACAACCUGCCGCCGCGGCCCUUCCUGCUGGCGCUGGCGUCCAGCGCCAACAUCGGCUCCGCCGCCACGCCCAUCGGGAACCCGCAGAACCUGGUGAUCGCGGUGCAGAGCGGCAUCUCGUUCGGGCAGUUCGUGUUCGGCAUCCUCCCGGCCACGCUCGUCGGCUCCGUCGUGAAUGCGGCCGUCCUGCUGGCGCUGUACUGGAACCAGCUGGACGGUGGAUGCAAGCCCGCUGGUGGACGUGGAGCGGAGGAGGUGGUCGCCGUGCCUACCGAGGUCGUGGAGGAGGAGGACGUCACGUCGCACCGGUUCUCGCCGGCCACCAUGUCGCACCUCCUCCGCCGCGGCUCCCAGCAGCAGCGGCAGCAGGGGGCCGCAGGCUACGACGAGGCGGUGCUGGUGCCGGUGGUGGUGCAUCAGGACCCCGUCAAGCCGGCCAACGGCGUCCACCACAGAAGGAACGGUACCACGACCGCACCAGGAGCCGCAGCGGUGGUGAACGGCAAGGACCCCGUCAAUCCCUUGCACGAAGACGACGCCGCCGCCGCCGCCGACGACGGCGGCGACGACUGGAACAGCAAGGCGUGGAAGACGUGCGUGUACGUGAUCACGCUGGGCAUGCUGGUGGCGCUGCUGCUGGGUCUCAACAUGUCGUGGAGCGCCAUCACCGCCGCGCUGGCGCUCAUCGUGCUCGACUUCAAGGACGCCCGCCCCUGCCUGGAGAAGGUGUCGUACCCGCUGCUGCUCUUCUUCUGCGGGAUGUUCAUCACCGUGGACGGAUUCAACAAGACGGGCAUCCCCAGCGCGUUCUGGGAGUUCAUGGAGCCGUACGCGCGGAUCGACACGCCCACGGGGACGGCCGUGCUCGCCGCCGUCAUCCUCCUUCUGUCCAACGUCGCGUCCAACGUCCCGACGGUCCUGCUUCUGGGCGCGCGCGUUGCGGCGUCGGCGGCGGCCAUCUCCCCCGCCGCGGAGACCAACGCCUGGCUCAUCCUGGCCUGGACGAGCACGGUGGCCGGCAACCUCUCCCUGCUGGGCUCCGCCGCCAACCUGAUCGUGUGCGAGCAGGCGCGCCGAUCCCAGCAGUACGGCUACACGCUCUCCUUCUUCAGCCACCUCCAGCUCGGCUUCCCGGCGACGCUCGUCGUCACCGGAAUCGGCCUGCUGCUCAUCAGAACCUACUGA